AUGUCAGAACCUCCGCAGCCCCAGAACCGCGAGGCCCUGAGCUCCGUGCGUUUCACCGUCACCCCGACCAAAGCGGAGGACUUACCGGGUCUGUCCGACACCUCGCCGGACAUCAGCUCCCGCUCCAGCGGGCGGGUCCGCUUCGGCUCCAGGGAGAGCGUCCACCGCAGCGAGGCGCCCAGCGACGCCUCCGGAGCCGGCACCGCCUCGGCGGGGAACACGGCCGCCGAGACGCCCGACCGCAGUAACACCGAACAAGGUGAUGGUAGUGCCAAACUCUCCAGUGUCUAUAUUAAUAAUACCCAUGGAGUGGACGAUGAUGAUUUCUAUGACAGAAAUCUGGCUCUCUUUGAGGAAGAGAUGGACACUCGUCCGAAGGUGUCGUCCCUGCUCAAUCGUCUGGCGAAUUACACCAACCUGACACAGGGAGCUAAAGAGCACGAGGAGGCAGAGAGCAUCGGAGAGAGACGCAAAACCAGCAAGUCUCCUCAGAUGGGCACGUUCAUGGGCGUGUACCUGCCGUGUCUGCAGAACAUCUUUGGCGUCAUCCUCUUCCUCCGGCUGACGUGGGUGGUUGGCAUGGCUGGCAUCCUCCAGGCCCUGUGUAUUAUAUUUAUCUGCUGCUGCUGUACCAUGCUGACUGCUAUUUCGAUGAGUGCUAUAGCCACUAACGGUGUGGUCCCAGCGGGGGGAUCAUAUUUCAUGAUCUCUCGUUCUCUGGGUCCAGAGUUUGGUGGGGCUGUGGGCUUGUGUUUCUACCUGGGCACCACCUUCGCUGGCUCCAUGUACAUCCUGGGCGCCAUCGAGAUUCUGCUGAUGUACAUCGCCCCCGGGGCAGCCAUUUUCACGGCGGCCAGCCCAGACGGUGAGGCGGCUGCCAUGCUGAACAACAUGCGUAUUUACGGUUCCAUCUUCCUGCUGCUGAUGUCCCUGCUGGUGUUUGUGGGCGUGAAAUAUGUCAAUAAACUGGCGUCCGUAUUUCUGGCCUGUGUCAUCAUCUCCAUUCUCUCCAUCUACACGGGGGCGUUGGUCUCCGCCUUCAGCCCGCCCUCUUUCUCGGUGUGCAUGCUGGGAAAUCGGAGUCUCUCCAGACAUGAGCUGCAGAACAGUCCGUGCAACAAAACGUUUUUCGUUAAGCAGGACUCGUCGGCGGCAGAAAUGAGCGAAACCUUCACCAACCACACGUUUACGGACAACGAAACGACGGUCCUGCCGAGCGAGGCCCCCCCGAUGGUGGAAAAGACCACGCUUCUGUGGAAACGCUUCUGUAACAGCUCAGAGCUGAACGCCUCAUGUGACGAGUACUUCACACACAACAACGUCACUGAGAUAGCUGGCAUACCAGGACUGGCCAGUGGAGUUAUCGAAGAGAAUAUCUGGAGUUCAUACCUCAGUAAGGGAGACGUGUUGGAGCGAGGUUCCCACCCCCCCGCUGGCUCCGCCUACGUGUCCAAUCACUACCCUUAUGUCUUCGCUGACAUCACCACCUCCUUCACGCUGCUAGUGGGGAUAUUUUUCCCCUCUGUCACAGGUAUCAUGGCUGGUUCUAACCGGUCGGGCGAUCUGAAAGACGCACAGCGCUCCAUCCCCAUUGGGACCAUUCUGGCCAUUCUCACCACUUCUCUCGUCUACCUGAGCUGUGUUGUCCUGUUUGGAGCCUGUAUAGAGGGAGUACUCCUCCGUGACAAAUUUGGAGACUCGGUGCAGGGGAAGUUAGUGGUGGGUACUCUCGCAUGGCCCUCCCCUUGGGUCAUCGUGAUUGGCUCCUUCUUCUCGACCUGCGGCGCUGGCCUCCAAUCACUGACUGGUGCCCCCCGUUUGCUGCAGGCCAUCGCAAAGGACAACAUCAUACCAUUUCUGAGGGUGUUUGGCCAUGGAAAGGUGAACGGAGAGCCCACCUGGGCACUGUUACUGACGGCCGUCAUCGCAGAGCUGGGGAUUCUCAUCGCCUCCCUGGACCUGGUGGCUCCCAUUCUGUCCAUGUUUUUUUUAAUGUGUUAUCUCUUUGUGAAUCUGGCAUGUGCUGUACAAACACUGCUCAGAACCCCAAACUGGAGACCACGUUUCUCUUAUUAUCACUGGACUCUGUCUUUCCUGGGCAUGAUUAUAUGCCUGGCUUUGAUGUUCAUAUCCUCGUGGUACUAUGCUAUUGUCGCCAUGGUGAUCGCCGGCAUGAUCUACAAGUACAUCGAGUAUCACGGUGCGGAGAAAGAAUGGGGAGAUGGUAUUCGGGGUCUCUCUCUCAGCGCCGCUCGAUUUGCCCUUCUUAGACUGGAGGAAGGACCACCUCACACCAAAAACUGGAGGCCUCAGUUGUUGGUGCUGUUGAAACUGGAUGAGGACGCUCAUGUGAAGUCCCCUCGUCUGCUCACGUUUGCGUCUCAGCUUAAGGCAGGAAAAGGCCUGACCAUCGUUGCCACGGUUAUACCCGGAAACUUCCUCCAGAGUUACGGAGAAUCGCUGGCCGCAGAGCAGACCCUGAAGCACUUGAUGGAGAAGGAGCGAGUGAAGGGCUUCUGUCACUGCAUCGUGGCCCAGAAGCCCCGAGAGGGCAUCAGUCACAUGAUCCAGUCCAGCGGCCUCGGGAGCAUGUGCCCGAACACGGUCGUCAUGGGCUGGCCGCACGCCUGGAGACAGAGCGAAGACCCCCAGUCCUGGAAAACCUUCAUCCACACGGUGCGAGUGACCACGGCAGCACACAAGGCCCUGCUGGUGCCCAAGAACAUCUCUCUGUUCCCCAGCAACAGUGAACCCUGCACGGAGGGAUACAUCGAUGUGUGGUGGAUCGUUCACGAUGGAGGAAUGCUUAUGCUGCUACCUUUUCUGCUUAGACAACACAAGGUGUGGCGUAAAUGCGGGAUGCGUAUCUUUACCGUGGCUCAGAUGGAGGAUAACUCUAUUCAGAUGAAGAAGGAUCUGGCAACCUUCCUCUACCAUCUGCGUAUAGAGGCAGAUGUGGAGGUGGUGGAGAUGCAUGACAGUGAUAUCAGUGCAUACACGUAUGAGAGAACUCUGAUGAUGGAACAGCGUUCUCAGAUGCUCCGACAGAUGCGUCUCUCUAAAUCAGACAGAGAGAGAGAGGCACAGCUGGUAAAGGACAGGAACUCCAUGCUCCAUCUGACCAGUAUCGGCUCCGAUGACGAUGACGACACAGACGGCCCCUCUGGUGGACUGGGGCACAGCGAUCGGGGAGGGGGCGGAGUCACGGAGCACAGGAGAGUCCAAAUGACCUGGACCAGAGACAAAGCCAUGCAGGUCCGCACAAACACACAUUCCGGCUGCUCCACCCCUGAGGGAUUCAGGGACAUGCUCAGCAUCCGACCCGACCACUCCAACGUGCGCCGCAUGCACACGGCCGUGAAGCUCAACGAGGUCAUCGUAAACAAAUCCCAUGAUGCUCGGCUGGUGCUGCUGAACAUGCCAGGGCCCCCCAGGAACCCUGAGGGAGAUGAGAACUAUAUGGAGUUUUUGGAGGUCCUGACUGAGGGAUUGGAACGUGUUCUAUUGGUCAGGGGCGGAGGAAGUGAAGUCAUCACCAUCUACUCUUAACGACCAAUGGGAGUUAAAGUCACCACCCAGCAGCCAACGGUGUGGUGGAAAUAUAAAGGGAGGCGCGGCUACUUGGGAGCCAGGGAUGUGGCCUGUUUUUUGAAUGGGGCACAAUAUAAAUGACUGUCAUUGGCUGUGUUCU